CAGAGGCAUUCUUCUCCUCUCGACCUCACGACGUCAACAUGAAGUUUAUGGUUCUCCUGGUGACGGUGGCAGCCGUGGCGGCCCUACCAAGAAAAUCUAACAAGGACUUUCCCAAGAAGUACAACGCGGCCUUAGACGGCGAGAAACACACCUACACCAUCUACAGUUAUGCUCCCAACGAGGACAUGGACGUGCCUGCACCGAGCCCAUUCCUCGACGAUCUCGUAGCCCCGUCCUCCUACGACGCUUACUUUGAACAGGAGCCACAAGACUCUAUCCUUCCCCCUGAGGGCUCUACCUAUAUCGGAGUCUCAGAGAUGUCUGAGGGAGAUGAACUUAUUCCUCCUCCAGAAGACACAUACAGCAGCCACGCAGCUGCUGCUGGCCUCAGCGAUCUAGCCCCUCCACCAGUUUCCGUCGAGACAUCCCCGUCGCAGACAUCGUACGUGACAUACGAAGACUCUCCACAGGAAUCACUGACGAUUCCCGAGCUCUCCAGCUAUGCCCAGAUACCCUCCGACAAGGCUGCAUCCGACGUGUUGGAAUAUCUUGUGGCAAUGAUCAAGGCCAUGCCACAGACCAGCUCCUAUGCAGAGAUCAUUCCUGAAGAGGUUCCCGUCGACGGGGAAGACGCAGUACUGUUCCUGAGCCCGCCCCAGGUCGAGGACAACCCCGUCCACAGCUCCUAUGCUGACGAUGUCACUGACGAGAGUGACCUCACGACUGAGCCAAUCCCGACUGAAGGAGAUGAGAGCGUUGCAGUGCCAUCACUCAGUUUCUUGCCACCUGGACAGUGAACAAGUCCAGGUGGUUAUCUGAUGCUCAAUGUUUAAGGUGCUUACGGAUCUCCGCGGAGUCUCUAUACAGCCGUGUCAAAGAUAAACACAGACUCCUUUAUACCAAAAUGUAAGACUAUAGCCAGUAGAAAAUUGUCAUCCACACAUCCGUGGAAAUAACCAUCCCAUUCACCUAGGUUCUAGGAGACACAACUUUUAAUUUUCAACCAUUCAUCUUUCCUUAUUAAGAUCACUCAAUAGCUCGGACGAUAGAGCUUCGGCCUCACACACGUGGGGUCCCCGGUUCGAGUCUCCUAGAGCCCAGGUGAAUGCAAUAUAGCCAAUAGAGAACAGUGCUCCACAGCCACCUAAAAACAAGCGUAAUUGUGUUUAAAUGAUAUUGUUUUAGUGGUGUAUAUGUAUAUUUAGCUUUUAAAAAAAAACAUUCAAAUUAUUGAGAUUACUACAGAUUUAGAAGAACUAAGAAAUAGCCAAAGACCUGAAAGCUGCAGUAUUAAAAGCUAUGACAAUUUUUGUAAUAAUAGGUAUUUUGUAUG